GGGGGUAGUCGCGUGGUCCCGUUGAUAGAGUGAGUGAGCUGAAGUCGCGAGGUGCGGGCUACCCGAGGAGGAGGUGGCAUUUCCACCGUAGACAACCGGCAAGAGAACAUCUUCGCGUCGCGCGGUUCACUUUGAUGCGCGUGGCGGCUGUGCUCACGAGCCAGAGGGGAGUGGAAUUCAAAGUGUGGGAAAGCUGAAGAAGAAUCAAGCGAUAGCUUCUUCUCCGGGGGAUCUGUUCGAAACUGUCCGAGGCGUCUACGGCUUCCCCCGGUUUGAUUUGCACCAUGGCGCGCGAGAACGGAGACUCCGGGAAAUGUUGGAAAAAGCAAGUGGAUGACAUCAAGAAGAUAUUCGAAUUCAAGGAAAUCCUGGGAACUGGUGCGUUCUCGGAGGUGGUGCUAGCCCAGGACCGGGCCACAAGCCACAUGUAUGCAGUGAAGUGCAUCCCCAAGAAGGCCCUGAAGGGGAAGGAGAGCAGCAUCGAGAAUGAGAUUGCCGUCCUACGCAGGAUUAAGCACGAGAACAUUGUGGCCCUGGAGGACAUUUACGAAAGCUCCAACCAUCUGUACCUGAUCAUGCAGCUGGUGUCUGGUGGAGAGUUGUUUGACCGCAUCGUGGAGAAAGGCUUCUACACAGAAAAGGACGCCAGCACCCUCAUCAGACAAGUACUGGACGCAGUCAACUACCUCCACAAGAUGGGAAUAGUACACAGGGACCUGAAGCCUGAGAACUUGCUGUAUUACAAUACCCAGGACUGCUCCAAAAUCAUGAUCAGUGACUUCGGCCUGUCCAAGAUGGAGGGCACAGGUGACGUCAUGUCCACUGCCUGUGGCACCCCGGGAUACGUAGCUCCAGAGGUGUUGGCCCAGAAGCCCUACAGUAAGGCCGUCGACUGCUGGUCCAUUGGAGUCAUCGCCUAUAUCCUGCUGUGUGGGUACCCUCCCUUCUACGAUGAGAACGACUCCAAACUCUUUGAGCAGAUCCUAAAGGCUGACUAUGAGUUUGAUGCACCUUACUGGGAUGACAUAUCUGACUCGGCUAAAGACUUCAUCGGCAGCCUGAUGGAGAAGGACCCUUCCAAGAGGUACACGUGCGAUCAGGCACUGCGGCAUCCCUGGAUUGCUGGGGACACAGCUCUGUGCAAAAAUAUCCACGAGUCCGUUAGCAGACAGAUGCGGAAGAACUUUGCCAAAAGCAAAUGGAGACAAGCGUUUAACGCCACGGCGGUGGUGCGGCACAUGCGUCGUCUGCAGCUGGGCAGCAGCAUGGGGAGCAGUAUGGACAGCCAGCACCACCCGUCCGGAGGCGGCGCCGGAGGAGCCGGGGCCCCUACACGAAGCCAAAGCCAAAGCCAGACGGCACAUAGUCACAGCCAGACACCAAACCAGACACCAAACCAGACACAGCCGACACAGGGGUCAGGAGGACAGAGCCAGAGCCAGAGUCAAGCCCAGACGCAGACCCAGAUGCAGACCGCCACACCAAACCAGACGCUGUCCCAGACCCCGGGUCAGGGUCUGGGGCAGGACAACAAGGCUUUUGGGCAGGUGACGCCGCCGCCAAACCAGGGCCUGGGGCAGGGGCAGGGACAGGCGGCGCGCACUCAGAGCCCCAACGCGGCGCACCUCAAGGGGCCUCCUGCGGCUGUGGAUGGCACCGGUUCCUCUUCGUCUUCUGUGCCCUGCAAGGACUGCCCAGUCCCUUGCUCCACCCCCUGCAGUUUGGCCUCCGCCUCUUCCUCCGCAGCUGCAGGGGUGGAGUCCUGCAGGCCCCACCCCUCUCCGGUUGCCACGGUGAUGACGGGCCCCAAGUGACGCCAGGUCAUGCGGGGGGAGAGCUGGGAGGCCACCGCGCUGUGAGGAGCCGUCGUCACGCCAACCAGCCCACCCCCCGCCCUGCCGGCGACCGGCAGAGGACUGACCCAUCGACAUAAGCUUACACAACACGCAUACACACGAUUCAAAACUCACAGACACAGACACACACACUCUCAAAGACACUGGUGUGUAUGCUACACGACCAGCUGAGAAGCUUACACGAGAAACAUACACACCUGAUACACACACAGACACACACACACACACACAGACACACGUGUGUAUGUGUAUGGUGUAUGUAUCAUACACACGUCUGUGUGAGUGUGUGAAUGUGUAUGGUAGAAGACCGACAGAGGACAGACGCAUCGCCAUAAGCUUACAAACCAUGCAUACACACAUAAUGCCCACUUACACACUGAGACAUACAUACAGUACAUGCUCACUAGGGGGCAGGCAGUGGACUGUCCCCUCGCCAUAGCUUACACAAGAAACGUGCACACAUGAUACAUGCCACACAUGAUGGACGGCAGGCACAGGACUGUCCCAUUGCUAUAGCUUACACAA